UCACUCUCUGACCUCUCAUCACUCUCCCCUUCCUCCUCCUCUCCAAUGCUUUUUCUCGGCAUGAGAAAUCUCUCCAUCGCCCACAAUAAUGUCGCACCAGAAAACUGGGGCUUCACCUCCUCCCAUUCCGGCGCCAAUCAUCUCAUCGAUCUCAACGCCGCUGUUGAAUCCGACGAUCAGGAUUUCUCCGACAUGCAUUCCCACGGCGGCGGCAAGGCCAAGCUCUGCGCCAGAGGCCAUUGGCGCCCCGCCGAGGACACCAAACUCAAGGAGCUCAUUGCUCUCUACGGCCACCAAAAUAGGAAUCUUAAUAAUUGGACGGAAGAUCUGGGAAAAGCUGCAUGCUGCGGUGGUUCAACCAGCUGAACCCGAGGAUAAACCGGCGGGCGUUCACGGAGGAGGAAGAGAGGCUGACGGCGGCGCACCGGUUGUAUGUAUUUUGAAGGAUUUUGAAGGAUUUUUGUUGGAAAUCAUAGCGGUAGAUUGAAGGAAUUUUUCGGAGUGGAGAAGAACGGAUGGAGAACUGUGUUGUAUGUAUAG